GGUUUUUAAAUCCUCCACGCUCGCACCGAGCCUCUCCACAGCGGCUCCCCGAUGCCAGUCGAUGCAGGAACGGGGGAUUUAAAACUGAGGCAGCGCUGAACUCACUCCUCGUCCUCUUGGGUUUUAUUUUCAUGACUGACAUGGCAAAAGGGAAGAAACUCUUGCAGAGAACCGACGUAAAGCCCGAGGACAGAGCUGAACACCAAGUCGCUUCAGGGGAGGGGACAAAAGAAAACAAACCAGCUGCGAAACACAAGGAUUCCGUAGGUAAAGUUCAGUCAAUUUUUCAGAGUCUACGGAGUCCAACCAAACCUAGAUCCCCUCUGGGUGACAAUUCAAGCAUGCUGAUCCAGGAAGGAAAUGAUUCUGAUGCGGCUAAUCCUGACGUGUCAAAGCUGAAAAAAGAUGUACCUAAAGAAAUGAAAUGUCAGCGUAGUGAGUCCAAAGAGCAGAAGCCAGAAAUGCCUUCUGACAGUCAUGGGACCAGAGAGCAGCUCGCUGAACAACCUGAUCAGAUAGAGCCCACCGCGCAUGCAAACCAGGUCAGGUCUGCAGCAGAUGGCAAAAGUUCAGCAUUCAAACCUCGGAGUAGAGCCGGUCACAAACACGGAGCAAAAAAAAUGGAAAAUAAAGCUCCUCAAAACAGAAAGGUCACCGACUAUUAUCCUAUCAGACGAAGUAACAGAAAAACUAAAGCAGAGUUAAAGAGUGAAGAACACAGAUACAUUGAUGACCUGAUAAAGAACGGCACUGAGGAAGGAAUGCAGGUCAAACACAUAGAAGGAAAAGGAAGAGGAGUAUUUGCUGUCCGGAGCUUCAAAAAGGCAGAGUUUGUUGUGGAGUACCAUGGAGACCUGCUGGAACUAGCUGAGGCUAAACUGAGAGAGGCUCAGUAUGCUCUGGAUCCCCAAACAGGCUGUUACAUGUACUACUUCCAAUACCAAUGUAAAACUUACUGUGUAGACGCUACAAAGGAAACAAGUCGUCUUGGAAGACUAAUUAACCACAGUAAAACCGGCAACUGCCAGACUAAGCUUCACGACAUCGACGGAACACCCCAUCUGAUCUUGGUGGCUUCCAGAGACAUCGAGGCUGAGGAGGAGCUGCUGUACGACUACGGUGAUCGGAGUAAAGCCUCCAUCUCGGCUCACCCGUGGCUCAAACACUGAAACUUUGACCACAAGAUUUUGUAUUUGAGAUGAAUUGGUGCUCACUGCUGUCCUGUUGGUCUUUUUGUAAAAGAUCCUAUAGAUGAGCAGUCCUCCACAUGCUUUUUUAUUAAGUAUAAAAAAAGGAUUUUGUUUUAAUUGGAGGCUAAAGCUUCAACUUAUGAAACAUGUAUUUUUGCCACAACUGUUUUUAAUCAUUGUUUUAUAUUUUUCUUAUCUCGUAGCAGAGAGAUUUAAGCUUCAAGAGUAUUUCUCCUGGACAUGUAGCAGAUCCUUUUGUAAUGAAUAUAAUUCUGACUAUCCAAUUCUGGGAUUGUAAAUUAUUACCUGUGCUGUAAAUUGAGGAAUAAACAGUUGAAUCUCU